GGUACCGGCCGAGCCCAGACCCGAGGUUUUAGAGGCAGAGUCAGGCGAAGCUGGGCCAGAACCGCGACCUCCGCAACCUCGAGAGCGGCAUCCGUGGAGUGCGCCUGCGCAGCUACGACCGCAGCAGGAAAGCGCUGCCGGCCAGGCCCAGCUGUGGCCGGACAGGGACUGGAAGAGAGGACGCGGUCGAGGAGUUGUGCACCAGCCCUGGCAACGAGAGCGUCUGCCCUGAGCUCUGCCGGCCUUAAGGUUUUGAAACAUGAAUCCUACAUUCAUCCUCGCUGCCUUUUGCCUGGGAAUUGCCUCAGCUACUCUAACAUUUAAUCACAGUUUAGAGGCACAGUGGACCAAGUGGAAGGCGAUGCACAACAGAUUAUACGGCAUGAAUGAAGAAGCAUGGAGGAGAGCAGUGUGGGAGAAGAACAUGAAGAUGAUUGAACUGCACAAUCAGGAAUACAGGGAAGGGAAACACAGCUUCACAAUGGCCAUGAACACCUUUGGAGACAUGACCAGUGAAGAAUUCAGGCAGGUGAUGAAUGGCUUUCAAAACCGUAAGCCCAGGAAGGGGAAAGUGUUCCAGGAACCUCUGUUUUAUGAGGCCCCCAGAUCUGUGGAUUGGAGAGAGAAAGGCUACGUGACUCCUGUGAAGAAUCAGGGUCAGUGUGGUUCUUGUUGGGCUUUUAGCGCUACUGGUGCUCUUGAAGGACAGAUGUUCCGGAAAACUGGGAAGCUUGUCUCACUGAGUGAGCAGAAUCUGGUAGACUGCUCUGGGCCUCAAGGCAAUGAGGGCUGCAAUGGUGGCCUAAUGGAUUAUGCCUUCCAGUAUGUUGCUGACAAUGGAGGCCUGGACUCUGAGGAAUCCUAUCCAUAUGAGGCAACAGAAGAAUCCUGUAAGUAUAAUCCCGAGUAUUCUGUUGCUAAUGACACCGGCUUUGUGGACAUUCCUAAGCAGGAGAAGGCCCUGAUGAAGGCAGUUGCAACUGUGGGGCCCAUUUCUGUUGCUAUUGAUGCAGGUCAUGAGUCCUUCAUGUUCUAUAAAGAAGGCAUUUAUUUUGAGCCAGACUGUAGCAGUGAAGACAUGGAUCAUGGUGUGCUGGUGGUUGGCUAUGGAUUUGAAAGCACAGAAUCAGACAACAGUAAAUAUUGGCUGGUGAAGAACAGCUGGGGUGAAGAAUGGGGCAUGGGUGGCUACAUAAAGAUGGCCAAAGACCGGAGAAACCAUUGUGGAAUUGCCUCAGCAGCCAGCUACCCCACUGUGUGAGCUGAUGGACAGUGAUGAGGAAGGACUUGACUGGGGAUGGCGCAUGCAUGGGAGGAAUUCAUCUUCAGUCCACCAGCCCCUGCUGUGUCGGAUACACACUCGAAUCACUGAAGAUCCAAGUGUGAUUUGAAUUCUGUGAUAUUUUCACACUGGUAAAUGUUACCUCUAUUUUAAUUACUGCUAUAAAUAGGUUUAUAUUAUUGAUUCACUUACUGACUUUACAUUUUUGUUUUUAAAAGGAUGUAUAAAUUUUUACCUGUUUAAAUAAAAUUUAAUUUCAAAUGUA